AUCUGUGUAUUGUUUUAGUGCUUUACAAGAAGCUGAAAAACAAGGUGGGGAAGGAAUUGAUGCUUUUAAAUGUCUUUUUCCUCUUAAUGAAAAUCCAGAAGAAAUGAAGAAACGGCUUUUGUAUAGUGUAUAUGCUUUAGAACUGGAAAUGAAGAUGUUAAAAUUAGGGGCUGAUGAUAAGCCUGUCCUCAAAGGUGAAGUUCCUGUGCAUUUUUUAAGUUAUAUCAUGUCAGCACUUGGAUGCUUUUUGUCAGAAAAGGAAUUGGAGAUGAUGCAUAAGGAUGUCAAUUUUGAAAACAAGUAUCUACAUAAUGGGCAAAAAACUACCUUAAAUGUUUUGGAUAUCAUGAAAUUAUAUGUGAACUAUCGACCUCAAGAACCCUUAACAAAAGAAAAAGUAAGUCAGGCAUUUAAAGAUGUUGUUGCAUUAGAACCAGAUCCAGAUAAAGUGACAAGAGCAAGAUUUCUUGACAUUAUAACCACUCGAGGAGAUGCUAUGUCACAAGAUGAGUUUCUAACAAUUCUUAAAUGUCUGAAAGGUGUUAAGUCUGAUCAGUUGCAUAGUGAAAGAACUUAUCACUUGAACACAAACAGAAUUACAGAUGCUAAUCAAAUUUUUUUACAAGAAGAAAAGGUUGAUCAAACCAUUUCAGAAGAAGAUGAAGAAACAAAAUCUGUGUUGGAAAAUUUAGUACCAGAUGUAAUAACAGAAGAAGUUUUCAUGAAUGAUAUUUUAUGCCUAGGCACUUCUAAAGAAGAUUUAUUAAAAUAUAUUUUAACAAAGGAGGAUCAUAAACUUGUUCCAGAUCCCCCAACGUUUAAUGAUUUUUUAAAUGUUGUUAAGGAAUACAUGAGUUUAUAAAAGUUGCCAGAGUAAGUUUUUGCCAGAGUUUAUAAAAGUUGCCAUUGAGCAAUGUAAUAUUUCCACCACUCUUUGCUUUUU